UAAAAUCGAAACGAAAAUAAUUCAAAAUAUAUUCGAAGUUAUUUCGAAACUUACUGUGUGAUUUUGUGCGGUGUCGUCGUGGUGUGUGCAAAAAACACAGAAACAAAAUACAAAUAUGCGAUAUUUUCUGAUUGGAUUGCUCUUCGUGGGCCUGAUUUUGUUGGAAGUGGAUGGCCGUCUGGUGCGGGUUCGCCGGAUCCGGCGGCUAGUAGGCGGCGACGAGCGGGAUGCCCAGAUCACGGAUUUCCGGGUAUCACCCUUGGACGACGAGGGCGUCUUUAAGUUCGCCUUCAAAACCAGCAACGGCAUCGAUGUCCAGGCUGCUGGCACUGCCCUGGAAACCAUUGGAAUUUAUAGCUACACCUCGCCCGAGGGGGUGCCCAUCGAAACCCGGUACAUAGCCGAUGAGCUGGGCUUCCAUGUGGUGGGCCGCCAUCUGCCGCAGCCUCCUCCAACACCCGACUAUAUCCUGCGAUCCUUGGAAUACAUUCGCACCCACACCGAGGAUGGCAAGCUGAAGCCAAACGUGUUCUGAAGUUCCUGAAGUUCAAACCCCAUAUAUUCGCACCGAUUUGGAUGCAAGUGUCCAAGAAGAAGGCUGAACCCACCACACCAUUUAGCACGUACUAAUCUAGCACCACCAACUAACUAAGAACAUUCCCCAACUUAAACUAAGUUGUUGCUAGUUGUUGUAAGUUCUUCGAACUGCGCAAAUGUUCAUUAACUUUUCUUUGUCUUCACCUUGAGGUUUUUCUGGUUGGGCUAUAAAUCACCCAUCCAUCGAUUCUUCCGUGGCGUGAAUUUAUUGUAUUUGCGCCCAUAAAGAGCAAACAAAGGCACGCCCAAAAAAAGCACACACAUCUUCAAAAAAGAAAUCUCAAGUGACCCCAUCGAAUUCUAUCUUGUUAUCCCAUUAUCCGCUAACAGCUUUAUUUGUCUGCGCGUCUGAUUAAUAUUUACGUCUAUUCUCAGAUAUGGAAAUUUGAAAACUGGAUGGAAAUGAAUCGCGAUUCUGUUUCUGUGUUUGGCGAUCUAGCGAUGACUUAAUAACAAAAGGCAUUUUCUUUCCGGGUAAAAAAAAAAAUUGUGUAUGUCCAUAAAAAGAACACAAAAAAAUCUAGCGGGAACAUUUGCAAACAUUCGAAUCAAGUUCGGCCUGCUCGAAUUUAAAAACGACAAAUUAUAAUAAGCUAAUAAGCAAAACAAUUAAAUC